AUGCGGGCUGCAAAUGUCGAUCACCUGGAGGACCUGAGACGAGCUAAGGACGUAUUGAAAGACACGCAAGUCAUCAUCAACUUGGACCGCUUCGUCGACAUUCUUGCAAGAAGAAGGGUCUUGUCUGUUAUAGAUGAAAGAGAGAUAAGAGGGAAGAAAGCCUACAGGGACAAAAUAGAAGCAAUAUUCGAAGUACUCCUCGGAGAAAGAGCUGACGAUCAGUAUGGACAUAUAAUCGAAACUCUGAGAGAAAUGGAUCGCAGUGACAUUAUCGAGAAGAUCCAAGAACCAUGAGCAGCUGCCAUUAGAUUCAAAUUCACAUUUCGGAGUGAACCAUGGUAAUUUUAGAAAUGAAAACUUUCAAUUACUGGCUAAUAUAAGCUCUUUCAACUUAACAUUCAUCCUUAAACGACUGGCUCCUAGCUUGACUUCAGAAUACUAUAUUAAGCUGCUGCGAUUCAAAAAUUGAUAAACAUGCUAACUUUUGAUCUUGGAAAAGCUUGAAUGCAUCCAGACUUUCGGAAAUUCAUUUGUGAGCUGGUUACUCGCUAAAUCGUUCCCAAGGAUGAAAAUUGUCCAAGAACAUGUCCAAGGUAAAAUAUCGCUAUUUCGCAAAAAAUUGUCACUUAUGCGGAAACAAUCACAUCUUAUAUUACAUUUAAUCUGAAAGCACUUGCAUAUAGUAACGCUCAUGAUGGGAAAUGAGAAUAAUUGGUUUUUAUCAUGUUAACGUCUAACCCACUCCUCAACUGAUAAGAGUUAUUGUACUCAAUGCGCAUGCGAAGCCGGGUGAAUAAAUGAAGUUGUGCAUGGAAGAUCUCCGAAACGAGCUCAUCAGACAACAUGACAAGGGGAAGUACUCUAGUGAGUAUUAUCAUCUCCCGUAGGAGUCCUUUUGAGGUUGUAACUUCCAUUACUAGAUCAAUAUUUCUACCCAUUGUUAUGAACCUAUCCAUUGUUACUUGCUAAAGUUGACGGAAUGCAUCUGCUUAGACGUUCAGCAACAUGAUGUAUCAGGGAUUCCAGGAACGUGUCGUGAGAUGAAAACUGCCAAGCGCCAUGAAGUGUUGAAUCGCUAUUUGGAAGAAGCUCUGAUAUCGAACGCGUCUGUGCUUGCUGAGGAAUGUCCAACCUAUCCUGAACAUCGAUCUGCUCCCAACCGCAGUAGCACCAGAUAUUGACUCAGUGCUGGACCAGCAUUGGGCACGUUGUCAUCUUGCCACUAUUGCCGAUUUCAGC